AAUGGUAGAUGAUCCAUAAUGCUAAUUAGACGCUGCCACUCGCCCGUCUCAAAUAGGAGUCUCACAAUCAUCAUCAUUGUGGUAACGGUGUUUCUUCUUACUCUCUUGGCUAAGAAAGAACAUAGCAACGGGACAAGGCAAUAUGAGCUGCCCUUUGGCUUGGCAAUCAAAUCAUGUCCCUCAGAUCUGGACCAUCUGAGGCGCAAGCAGUAUGGUUUAACUCGCAAUGUUGUCUACCAGAAGCGUUGUUUUCGUGGCGUAUAUAGCAACGAGACCAGCCCGCGUGAGUCUGUCGCCGACAUCGACGAGCCAUUGCUGGGAUCGAGAGCAGAUAUCCUGGAUCUCGACGAUGAGUGCAGCAUCAUUUCCUCCUCAGCGCCAUUAGACCAGGCUAGAUCAUGCGAGCCCAUUCCGUUUCCGAUAUCAGAGCCAUUCCCAGCGGCCAAUCUUUCCAACGUCAUCUUUGGCGUGGCGACGACUCUCUCUCGUCUGCAAGACUCGGUUCCCCAGAUCUCGCACUGGAUGUCCGGAACGGGAGCUCUCUUUUUGGCAAUUGUCGUUGACAAAUCGGUUAGCGACAAUAGUCUUGCCUCGUUGGAACAGCUGUACGACAGCCACGACAUCAACCUAACGGCCAUUCGACCAUGGAACUGCACAUUUGAUGUCAACGAGCAGCACUUUGCAAUCAUCCGAGACCUCCAUGACUAUUCAAGCGAAGAAACUCAAUGGGCUGCCAUCAUUGACGACGACACAUUCUUCCCCUCGCCAUAUUCCAUCACUCAGCUCCUGGCCUCACACGAUUCGACUGUGCCAGCCUACAUCGGCGGCCUCACCGAAAGCCAGGGAGCAAUAGACUACUUUGGCGUCAUGGCUUACGGAGGCGCUGGCGUCUUCAUGAGCAUGCCAUUAAUACGACAGCUAGACUCCCACGUCGACGAAUGUCUAGCCGCGAGCCUCACCAGAGAAGGAGACGGCCUGUUGAGCGGCUGCAUAUACAACCACACGCAGACGGCAUUAACCGCCGUCCCGGGCCUCUACCAACUCGACAUGCGAGGCGACCUCGGCGGGUUUUACGAAUCGGGCGUCUUCCCCCUUAGCCUCCACCACUGGAAGUCGUGGCACCAGGCCCCCGUCGACAAGAUGGCCAAGAUUGCCGACUUCUGCGGCGAGUGCUUCUUGCAGCGGUGGCGGUUCAACGGCGACACCGUCCUCGCCAACGGAUACAGCAUCAGCGUCUACGAGGGCGGCAUCACCCAGCCCGAACUAGACCUCAUCGAGGCCACUUGGGAUGCAGCGAGGGCAUACGAGGACACAAUGGGCGCGAUGAGAGACAAGGUGGAUGACAGCAAGAAGAAGAGCUAUCGACUUAUUGACGCCGAGGAGAUUGAUGGGAAGCUGCGGCAGGUGUUUGUGCGUCAUGGGGCUUCGGAUUUGGAUGGAGAUGGCGAGACGGAGGCGAUGGAUGAGGUUGUGGAGCUUUGGUGGGAGUGGCCGCAGGACGACGAGUAUUGAAGAGAGUGUAAAUUUUGGUUUUUUGUUACGCAUAAUUGAUGAACCGAGGGGCCGGGAUAU